CUGAAGCAAAAGGGGAAGAAGCGGAAAGAAAACAAAUUCACUGCAAAGCGUUUGCCAACAUGCAAGCUGGCCAACUUCAUAGAAAAUAGAGUCAAUUGCUACUUGAAGAAGAAGGAUUCUGGGGCGGGUGAAGUCACGAUCAGAGUUGUAUCUUGUACAGAGAAGCUAGUGGAAGUGAAGCCAGGCAUGAAGAUGAGAUAUGUAGAUACAGGGCACUGGCCUGAGCAGUUUCCCUACCGUGCGAAGGCACUGUUUGCUUUCGAAGAGAUUGAUGGUGUGGACACAUGUUUUUUUGGGAUGCACGUGCAAGAGUAUGGCUCAGAAUGUCAUCCGCCCAACACCCGUCGUGUGUACAUAGCUUACCUGGACAGUGUGCAUUUCUUUAGGCCCAAACGGUUUCGUACUGCAGUCUACCACGAGAUCCUCCUGGGUUAUCUCGACUACGUCAAACAACUUGGUUUUGCAAUGGCUCACAUUUGGGCGUGCCCACCAAGUGAAGGGGACGACUACAUUUUCCACUGCCACCCUCCUGAGCAGAAGAUACCAAAGCCGAAGCGGCUCCAGGACUGGUACAAGAUGAUGCUUGACAAGGGCAUUAUGGAGAGGAUAGUGCUGGAGUACAAGGACAUUCUGAAGCAGGCCACAGAGGACAACCUCAAGAGUGCUUGUGAGCUGCCCUACUUUGAAGGUGACUUUUGGCCCAAUGUGCUCGAAGAGAGCAUAAAAGAACUCGACCAAGAGGAAGAGGAGAAGCGCAAAGCUGCUGAAGCGUUGGCUGCGUCUGCUGCUGCUUCGGAAGGCAGUCAGGAUGGCGAACCUGAGGGUGCUGAGCAGGGUGAAAAGAAAGGGCAGAAGAGUGGGCGUAACAAGAAGGCCAACAAAAACAAGAGCAACCAACGGAAGAACAACAAGAAGUCUACGGUACCCCACACAGGGAAUGAUCUCUCUGCCAAGAUUUACUCAACCAUGGAGAAGCACAAAGAGGUUUUCUUCGUGAUCCGGCUGCACUCUGCACAGGCUGCAGUCAGUCUGCCCCAGAUCCACGACCCAGACCUCCUUAUGCAGUGUGACCUGAUGGAUGGUCGAGAUGCCUUUCUGACACUUGCCCGAGAGAAGCACUACGAGUUUUCAUCACUUCGGCGUGCCAAGUACUCGACCAUGGCCAUGCUUUACGAGCUUCACAACCAAGGCCAGGAUCGAUUUGUGUACACAUGCAACAGUUGCAAGAGCCAUGUGGAGACGCGUUACCACUGUACAGUAUGUGAUGACUUUGACUUGUGUGUGGCCUGCUACGACCGUGAAGGGCACCCACACAAGAUGGAGAAGCUGGGCUUUGACCUCGACGAUGGCACCUCGGCAGCCGACCCCAAGCAGAACAACCCGCAGGAGUCACAGCGGUUGUCCAUCCAACGCUGCAUCCACUCGCUGGUGCAUGCGUGCCAGUGCCGGGAUGCCAACUGCCGCCUGCCCAGCUGCCGGCGCAUGAAGCGGGUGGUGCAGCAUUCCAAGAGCUGCAAGCGCAAGACCAAUGGAGGCUGCCCCAUUUGCAAGCAGCUUAUUGCCCUGUGUUGUUACCAUGCCAAGCACUGCCAAGAGGCCAAAUGUCCUGUGCCCUUCUGUCUCAAUAUCAAGCACAAGCUGCGCCAGCAGCAGUUGCAGCAGCGCCUCCAGCAAGCGCAGAUCCUGCAGCGGCGCAUUGCCAGCAUGGCCACCAUGCAGAACCGGGGAGCCCCUGCCCUGCCGCCAGCUACAAGUGCUGCCGUCUCCAUGUCGUCGGGGCCACCUGCGCUUCCGCCGGCGAGCACACCCCCUGGCGGUGGUGGCGGCACCGGCAGCAAGCCAGCAGGGCCCCCCGUGGGAGCAUUGCAGGCAGUGCAGCAGGUACAGGCAGCGGCUGCACGGCAACAGGCUCCUCACCUGGCGGGCAACCCUGGUGGCUAUGGCAAGGGGGCGCCCCCCGCGCAGAAGCCUUUGGCACCUGCGGGGCCCCGCAUGGUGCCCUUGCGCUGGGAGGGGCCCCCCUACGGCCAGCAGGGCCUGCCCCCCAUGCGACAAGCGCCACCUCCGACCAUGGUGCCUCCUGGUGCCCAGAUGGGGCCACCUGGUGGAGGCCAGCAGCGGCCAAGCCAAAUGACGCCCGCCUUACAGCAGCUGAUACAGACCCUCAAGUCGCCUGCCUCUCCGCAACAGCAGCAGCAGGUGCUGCACAUUCUCAAGUCGAACCCACAGCUGAUGGCUGCAUUUAUCAAGCAGCGCAGUCAGCACCAGCAACAGCAGCAGUUGCAACAGCACCAACAGCAGCAGCAACAGCAGCAACAGCAGCAGCAACAGCAGCAGCAACAGCAACAGGCACCUCCUCAACAGCUGAUGAUGGGAAGCCCGCAGCAACCACCUGGCAUGCAGCAGCCUCCCAUGCAGCAACCACCAAUGCAACAGCAGUGGCUACAGAAGCAACAGCAGCUGCUCAUGAUGCAGCGCCAGCAGCAGUUCCAGCAGCAGCAGCAGCAGCAGCAACAGCAACAGCAGCAACAGCAGCAGCAGCAGCAGCAGCAGCAGGUUCCACCCCAGGGGGCCUACCAGCGACCUCGGCACUUCUACCAGGGAGGGCCGCCUGGUCCAGACCAGUACCAGCAGUUUGCCCCUCCGCUCAAGCAGAGCCCCCUGAGCCCCCAGCAGCUGAUGCAGCAAGUGCGGUCGCCACCCCCGGGCCAGCUGGUGCGCUCACCGCAGCCCUCACCCAGGCCCAUCCCAUCACCACGGCAGCAGCCUAUCCCAUCUCCUCACUACCCCAGCCAAACACACUCGCCCCAUCUUGGUGGUGGGCCCCUGGUGGAAGGUCCCCCCAGUGGCGCCGACCUGAUGCUGCCUCAGGGUGGACUGGGGGCAGGGCCCAGCCCAAGCCCCGACCUGGCACCUCCGCCGCCACCCCAACCGGGGGAUGGGUCGGACAUGCUGACACCCCAGGAGCAGCUGAACAAGUUUGUCGAGAACUUGUAGCCCCACCGCCGGUGCAUGCAGAGAACUGGAGCUCCCUUGUACAUACCACUGGGCAUGACGCCCGCUGUACAGUUCAACUCCGCAUCAGUUUGUGCUCCUCCUUUUUAUGGAUCAUCGGACACAUCUCGCGGCAGUGGACUCACCUAGCCAUGGCUGCUGGGCACUUCAUCUGUACUGUAAAUUCAUCUGCCUUCCUUGCUCUGUACCCAUCCCCCUGUUUAUUAUUGUUCCUCUGCCCCCUUUCCAUUUUUUUUACCAGUGUGUGCACACCCAGUGGGCUCCAAUCAUGAGAGAAAAAUGGAGCUUUCUCACCAGUUAAGUUAAAGCAAGAGCUGCCUUUUCCCAAACUGUUCUCAGAGGGGCCUGUGGUCACAUGCCACUUGUGUCUGGGCGGCGGCUGCGUUGUUUCACCUCCGUGUUUGUUUCAACAUUUUUUACAAAAAACAGUGGUGGUUUUGGUGCCCCCUGUGGCACAAGUUAUUUAUUACUUAGUUUUCAAGCAUCUCGGGGAUAGUGGUUGGUGCCCCUCCCCCUAUCCCCCAUCAUGGAGCCAUUCUUUUUAAAUAAUGAGUGUGUUUGGGGGCUUGUAUAUUGUGUGGGUGAUGUGGGCGCAAACAGACACUUCCCUCUGGGCACGGAGGAACAUAAAGAAAUCUGGAGUACAUUCCAGUCUGUCCCCUCUUCACAUAGUCUGUUGAAGGGGCUGAAGAAAUUCAGUGCACCAAGGGCUGUUGACCUCAGAGCAGCGAGAAUGUAUCAUUUUCACUGCCAGCCACCGUACAGACAAUUGAGACAGGACCUGUGUUGUGGGAAGGGGGUUAAAUGUGCGAUGGUAUAAGCAAGUGGUGCUGCAUUUGGAGAGUGCUUAAAUAGAAAAUGCCUUUUGGAGGCAAAAAGAAUUGUGUUGAAAAUUGCGCCUCAUCUCGAAGCAUUGCCCUACCCACUCUGAACACACUCAUCCCAUAAACCUGGAAAAAGCAAAUGUUGCCUUUUGUUGUUUGUACAUUCAUUCCCUAGGGUCGCCGUCUGGUUGGGCGAUGUCUGCAUUGUACAUACUGUACACAUUUCAUGUCUACCGAAUGGAAUAAAAUUAGGUACGUUAAUAGAAGGCCA